AUGAAGCUGAAGGAAAGCGCGAGGCAAAAGGUUCGCGGGGUACGCGAGAGUCGGAGGAGGAACCCGCGAGCGGCGGGGGCCCCAGAGGAGGGGGCCGACUGCAGCCCGCGGCGCGCCAGCCCGCCCGCGGCCUCCCUGGGGAAAGGUGUUCCGGGCACUGACCUGAAAUCCCCAGUCGGGGAGCGCAGCGCUCGGGCGACAGCCGCCGCCUCCAGCUCUCGCAAGUUUGAGCUCCCCCAGUCUCCGCUCACCCUCCGUUGCGGCGCCUCCGCGGUGGGGUUUCGGGAGGGCUCGGGCCGACUUGGCUGCGCACACCCGGCCAGGACGCACGUCCUGGGCGAGCCGGAGACCGACUUGGGCGGCGGCGGAGGCGGCGGCGAGGGCGGCCCGCAGAGCCCGAGCCGAGGGGAUGGGGGCCGCGGGGGCAGCUCUCCCAGGCGCGCGCCGAGACUCCCCUUGCUACCCAGAAGGCCAGUGGAGGACCGCAAUUACCAUAAAGCGCCUCGCACUCCGCUCAGCCAAAGCUGUCAAACCCCAGCGGCAGCCGCCACUGCCGCCUCUCGCCACCAGCGCUGCGCUCUCUCGGCCUCGCGUCCCCUCCGAAACCCGGCAGAGCCUAGCAGUGCGCGUCUGCGCCCACCCCCACCCCAGAUCGCCCCUUCUUCCCGGAGGAGCUCGUUCCCAUUUCGGCGUCCAGAGCUACCUGAAAACAGCACCCCGGGCAACAGUGGCUGUUCCGCCCUAACUCCGCGGCUGAGUUCCCCGGACGUUUCAAUUAACCUCAAGGGCGAGCGAGAGCCCCAGUUCGCAGAGCUGGCGGGAAGGGGUGAGAGUGGGGGAGGGGUGUUCCGGCCUAACUGCUCCCAGACUGGGGGCUCGGACUUGGAGGCCAAAGUCCCCAUCCCCCGUGCCAUUCCUGGAGCCCGGCGUGCGCGAGGCUGCUCCCUCCGGCCAGGCUGCCAGACCCGAAGCCCCGGGCCGGCCACAGACGGACUGUCCCCGGGGAGCCGAAACCGCCGGGCGGGGAAACCCCUCCUCUCGCCCUUCCCCGAAAAGCCUGGCCGCGGCGUCAGCGCUGAGCGAGCGGGCAUCCGCUUGACAGCCGGGCCUCACGCGCGGUUCCGCGUUCCUGGACCCGCGGGUAAGCUGAGCCGGCGGGGCAGGCCGCUCCCUGGCUGGCGCCGGGGCGCCGAGCUGCGCUUCACGUGCCCGCCAUAUCAGCGGCGGCGGCGGCGGUGGCGGUGGCGGGGAGGGGGGCUGGGAGGCGCGCGGCCGCUCCCGCGGUGUCCCCGGCCCCCGCCUCCCUGCUGGGGGCUGGGCCGGGACCACCCCGCGGCCACCAUCCCCGCGCAAGCCGACAGCCGCCUAGCCAGACACCCAGAGGCUCCUCGGGCGCCGCUCCGAGAGCUGUGCGGCGGCGGCAGCCGGGGGAGGGUGCUCCUCGCGGCCGCCCCGGGAACUUCCCGGCCGCCCCGCCGCCGCCGCCGCCGUCACGGGGGCCGGAAGCCCUCGCGCCGCCCUGAGAGGCCUCCGCUGGCCCCCAGGGCUGUUCCAGACGAGGGCUGGCCGCACGUCACCCCUGCUCCCUCCUCGCCACAGGCACACUGUCCGCGCCCUGGGUGUCCCCCAUUUAAGCCAGAGCACCCUGCCCGCGGUCCGGCGAGAGGUCCCUCAGCGACCGCCAGAAGCACGCCCCCUCCCCCUCCCAGCCCCGCAGCUGGGACCGGAGGGGCGCGGAGCCGCCACUCCGGCCGGGCAGGAACACCUGCUCCCGGGCCCUGCAGCUGGGCGCGUGGUGCUGGGAGAGGCUGCCUACUGUUGUGUGCAGAGAUCGCGGAGGAGAAAAUGGGGCUCCGAGGCUCCGGGCCGGGAGCAGCCGGCCCUCGGCCACCCCGCCUCCCACCCCCCGUGGACGAUCAAGCCCAAAGCCAGAAGGCCUGCCCAGGACCCGGGACCCACAGUCUGGUACUGGGCUUCGACUUGGCCACCGCGCGUGGAAGAGGGCGGGUGACCCCCAUCUCCUCUGUGCCCGGAGGAGAUCGGGCGGCCCAGCUAACCUGCGCGGCUGGCCCUGCCUCACCUCCCCCCCGUGCCGCCCUCCCCGACUCUCCUGGCCCAGGGCCCGGCCGGGGAAGGCGUUGUUUUGCCAGCGGGAGUCGAGCGAAGCAGCCGGCCCGCCGACGCUUCUCCCGGGAGAGGCCCCAGCACUCCAGGAGGGAGGUCUGGGACGCAGGGACUGUGCGCGUGGGUGAAGGGCCCACGGUGCGUGCCUGUGAGCCCCGAGUUGGGGGCACUCGGCAGCCUGGGGACGCGGCCGACUUGGCGGCGCUGGCAGGGAGCCACCGCACGCGGGGCGGGCCGCCUGGCCAGUGCCAGCCCCACUGUGCCCUAGCCAGCGCGGGCCCCAAGGAGAGCGUGCCGCGCUUGGGCAAGCUCCUCGGAUCCGACCGGGCUCCUCCAGGCUCCGGCUUGCCAAGCCAAACUGAUCGCGCCCGGUGUGGACCAGUCUCCCUGCGGCACCCUCUCCCCGGAGCCCACGGCGGGGCCGGCAUUCAAGGAGUUAAAAGCCCCAGUUCGCCCCGGCUCCUCGGCGGCGUGGAGGAAACGCUGAUCAAACGGCGCUGGCCCGCGCGAUUCACCCGGCGGCGCUCUGCGCGCCGAGGCCGGGAGGAGGAGGGCCAAGGGGGCGGGAGGCGAGCCCGGGCUGCGCGCCAAGAGGCCCGGAGCCGCAGAUUAGUCACCCCUCGGCUCGGCGCUCACGGGUGCGCCCGGGAACCGGGAGGGCAGGCGUCGGCCCCGCGCAGCCGGGCUCCCGGGGCCUCGGCGCCGGUGCCCCCGCCCCCACCCCCGCGCGCGCCUGGCGCGGCCGGCUUGACUCUCAGGAACUCGCGCAGCCGAGAUCCACUUGUCAGUUCAAGGGCAGGACAGAAACUCUGCAAGCCGAGUCUUGCGAACAGGAAAUUUCUCAUUGGCAAGGUGCUGCCCAUCCCCCACGCCGGCUUCAAAACAAAACAAAACCCCAGCGCGAGCGGCCAGCGCGCCCGGCCUCUGCCCGCCGGGCCCGCGCCCCUGCGCCGCCUCGGCGACCCCCGCCUCUGCGUCCCCCGGCCCGGGGUCGAGAGCUCGCCGAGCCCCGGGGCCCGAGAGCAGGCAGCGCCGGCGGCGGCGAACACACAGACUCAGCGGACGGGCUCGGCUCGGGCCCCGCCGAGGGUGAUCGGCUGCUACCCUCCGGGGCCGCGGCCGGGGCGGGCGGGGGCGCGGGGCCGGGAGGCCCGCGCCUUCUCGGGCCGCGAUCCCCGCCGAGCGGUUCUGCGGAGCUGCCGGGGGUCGCCGGGUCAGCGGCUCCCUGGAGGGGUGGGGGCGGGGAGGCCGCGCGGCGCCGCCGACUCGGCGAAUCCCGCUGCGGGAACCCGGGAGGGCUGCGAGCUCGGCCUGGCAAAGUUCCUGUGGAAACUCCAUGUUUUGAAACUCCAGCGGCGUGGCGGAAGGAGGGGGCCCGGGGAGCGCGCGGGGGCGGCCGGCACCCGCUUCUCGCUCCCGGGGAGCCGCGAGGGCGGGGAGGCCCGGCUCCCCGAGCCCGAUCUUUUGUGUGCCCUCUUCUUCCUCCUCACUCUCAGGGAAAUUUAG